AUGGCAGCAUCAGUCCUGAACGAGAAGUUGGACAAGAUCCGGUCCCCCAAUCUUCAAAGCCAGCAACAGACCGCCGUUGUGCUUCGCGCCGUCGAGGCCACGCUGAAAGAACAGAACACCGAGCCCACGCCAACCGGCUACUUUGCAGCUCUUCUUGCGUUGCUCGCGCAGUCUGCGUCUAGUAGUAACGUCGACAAUGGCAUCUCCACCUCUGUUGUCUACCUCCUCGACCUAGUCACUCCUUUCGCUCCCCAACCACUGCUCCGAGCAAAAUUCACCCAAAUUCUCACCUUGUUAGCCCCCGUGCUGCUACAACGUGACGCCGACGCUCCCCUCUUGAGACCGACUAUCGGAUGUCUGGAAUCACUUCUCAUCGCCCAGGACUCGGCAGCAUGGGAGCUCUCGGCCGCUCAGAUCGGGCCUCGAAGGGCUGUAGCGGGACUGCUUACCCUGGCAUUGGAUCCACGCCCCAAGGUACGGAAGCGUGCUCUGGAAGCUCUGCGAAAGGUGUUGCGGAACCCGCCUCCAAGCCCCUCGCUGGAUCACCCUGCCGCUGGCAUGUGUGCCGAAACGGCCAUGUCGAGCCUCACAGCUCUGGCAGAGGCUGCCGCGCGGGCCAAGAAGGAAAAGAAAGGAUCCGAGGCGGCUCACGAUCCUAAUCUCAUUCAUGCGCUGCAACUUGUCAAGUCCAUUGCCUCGGCCAGCGGAGGCUGGCCAAGCCGGAAGAUCGAGUCCCUGUGCGAACUCCUUCUCAGCAUUGCUCGGAGUGGGAGUGAACACCUUACGAUGUCGGUCUUCGACAUAUUUGAGAUGAUCUUUGAGGGAAUGGCUGCUGAUGAAGUCGCGUCCUCAAAAUUGCCUCGUCUUCUCGAGAUCAUCACCGAGUUGCGGCCGGCGAAGAAUGAUACCCAGCUGCUUCCUCCAUGGAUCGCCAUUCUUUCGAGAGGCUACGACGUCUCCGGACAAGUCGAGCCCGAUGAGACCUUCCAGAAACUGCCAGAGCUGUUCCAAAUGGUGUCGGGCUUUCUUGAGUCACCUUCUCACAACAUCCGCAUCUCAGCGUCCGAAUGUCUGAUAUCCUUCCUCGCAAACUGUGUACCACCACAAGUCGUACUCGAGCCGUCUGUCUUUGACGAGAAGAUACUGGAAAAGUUAGUUGGCAUGGCCGAGAAUCUACUGAGUGUUGCAUACCAAGCCGCUUGGCUCGAAGUACUCAAUGUUCUCGGAGCCAUGUUCGAUUCCCUACGGUGGCGCGCGUACCCUUACCUCCGUCCUGUCACAAAGAUAGUCGGGGAGAUGCGAGGUAGCGAUGCGCUUGCUAGCAAGAAGGAAGCUGACGAAGUCCUCGGAAAGGCUAUCAGGGCCAUGGGCCCCUCUGCCGUCCUCGACGUUCUCCCGUUGAAUCUGGCCCGUCCCGCCAGAGGCGAACCUGGCCGGGCGUGGCUAUUGCCUCUGCUCCGCGACUACACCGCCAACACCAACUUGGCUCACUUCAAGUCUGAAUUCGUGCCGCUGAGCGAGCUGAUGUUUCAGAAAGUCCUUGACCAUGGCGACAGCGCAAGGACCAUGGAGAUCAAGAUAUACGAAACCGUGGUGCAUCAAGUCUGGUCCAUCUUCCCUGGUUAUUGUGAUCUCCCAUUGGAUCUCACAGCAUCGUUCGACCAAGAAUUCGCUGAGCUGCUAGCCAACCUGCUUUAUCAGCAAGUCGACCUGCGACUGGAUAUCUGCCGAGGUUUGAAGUCUCUCGUCGAGUCAAACAAAGCCAUAGCAUCCAUUGAGGAGGAAGAGGAUGACCUCCUUCUACAAAGCCGCGUAACGAAGAUUACAGCUCAGGGCAACCUGGACUAUCUCGGCCAGUUUGCUGGCAAUUUCCUGGCAGUUCUUUUCAACGUGUAUGGCCAAACUCUCGCACACUCCCGGGGUCCUAUCUUGCAGACCAUCAACGCCUUUUUGGCCAUUACGCCAAAGGCAGAGCUGAUGGAGACGUUUGACCGCGUCUGCAAGAUGCUCUCGGACGCGAUGCAGGACAGUGCGAAGCAGGAUGCGGCGCAAAAAAAAGAGGCCCAGAAAUCGGUGGAUCAGAUGCCUUCGACACUGCAUACCCUGAUGGACCUGGUCAUCACCAUGUCAGUCCACCUUCCUAGGGAAAGCUUUGCCGCUCUGUUCGAAAUCGCUGCCUUGGUUAUCGGCACCGACGAUGAUCCACAGUUGCAGAAGAAGGCCUACAAGUUGAUCCCGCGCCUUGCCGAAUCACCAAUUGGCAAGGUGGCGCUGGAGGAAAGGAAUGCGGAACUCCAAGGCCUGCUGCUUUCCAGUGCUGACAAGGUGUCUGCUCCGGCGCGGAGGGAACGUCUCGGGGCGAUCGCGGCGCUCCUUCCCUUCAUCCCCAACACUUCGCUACACUUCAUUCCGUCUAUCCUUUCCGAGGUUGUUAUCUGCUGUAAAGAGCACAAUGAGCGUGCGCGUACAACAGCCUUCGAUCUGCUCGUCCUGAUGGGGAAGAAACUGGCUUCGGCUGGAGAGGGCGCUGUGAUCGAUAACAGCAAGAUCCCCAACAUGCCGGCAGACGCACCCGCUGUAGCAGCCACUGUUGAGGAAUACUUCACUAUGGUCAGCGCUGGUCUGGCUGGCAGCACGCCUCAUAUGAUCUCUGCUUCCAUCACAGCCAUCACUCGUAUCCUAUAUGAGUUCCGCGAAGAGCUCAGUAUCCAGACUCUUUCGGACCUCGUUCAGACUAUGGAUCUCUUCCUUACGUCCAACAACAGGGAGAUUGUGCGGAGCGUCCUAGGCUUCGUUAAGGUCUGCACCAUUAGCCUCCCGACGGACAUGAUGCAGCCCCGCUUGGCGACGUUGGUCCCGAACCUCAUGAUUUGGAGUCACGAACACAAGGGGCAUUUCAGGGCCAAGGUCAAGCAUAUCCUUGAGCGUAUGGUACGACGCUUCGGGUUUGAGACCGUCAACAGGUAUUGUCCUGAAGUCGACCGCAAGUUGAUCAGCAACAUUCGCAAAACCAAGGAACGUUCCAAGAGGCGCAAGGAUGAAGCCAAGGAGAAUGGUGCUGAGGAUGAUGAGGAUGACGAAAAUGUCAAGGGCAAACGCGUCGGCCGCUUCGAGAGUGAGUACGAUCAGGCCUUGUACAGCAGUGACGAAUCGGAUGGAUCGGAGGACUCUGAUGAGGAGAUGCUGGGUCAAUCAAAGAGACGCGGCAACAAGGGCGGCAGCACUUACAUUGUGGAGGACGAAGAUGAGCCCCUGGAUCUGCUUGAUCGUAAGGCUUUGGCGCACAUCUCGUCCACAAAGCCUGUCAAGAUGCGCAGACCGGGCAAGACGAAGGCAAAGACAGACCUGGACGGGAAGCUUAUCCUAGGCCAGAACAGUGACGAAGAAGGCGCCAUGGAUGUGGACACUCCUCAUGACGGCGAGGAGUCCGGCGUCGGGGCCUAUGUCGCCGCUCUGAAGGGCAAGGACGCGCCCAAGAAGGGUUUCCGCGGCAAGAUCAAGUGGUCGAACAAGAGAUCGGCAGACGACGAGGAUGAUGAGGCUAUGGAUGACGAGGAUGCGUCCACGCUCAAGGCCCGCCUGGACAAGUCCAGCCGGGGGAAGCACGGGGCAUCCGGCCAAGCCCGGGGUCGCAGAGAUUCCCGAGGAAGAGGUGGUAAGGGCGGUAUCGCUGCCGGCAGGCGAGGUCUAGGUGAGGACAAGAGACACGGUCCGUCGAUGGGAGGUAGCCGGAUUGGGAAAGCGAGUCCCAGGGGAAGGAGGAGGUAG